AUGUCGACCAAACAUUCUUCUUCUUCUUACUUCAUCCUGGUUAAUCUAAAAUAUUUGUCUUUUCUUCCACUUUUCUUCUUCCUCAGAAUAUUCUUCUUCAUGGGACAAGAAUGUCUCUUCUUCUUCUUCUUAAUCUUCUUCUUCUUCUUCUUCUUCCAUUUUGUCCAUCAUCGUCUUCUUCUGAGUCCCUUCUCCAUUUUUCUUCUUCUUCUUCUUCCCUUUUAUCUUCAUGGGACAGUAGAGCCAGAGAUCCUUCUUAGGAUAGAAGAGAAUUCGACUUCUUCAAAAUUCUUCUUCUUCUUCAAAAAUUAUAGAAGAGAAUGUCUUCCAAACAUCCUUCUUUCUUACUUCAUAUUUAAUCUAAAAUAUUUGAUUCCUCUUUAUGUCGACCAAACAUCAUCUUCUUCUUCUUCAUUUCUUCUUCUUCUUCUUCUUUUCUUCCUUCUUCUUCUUCUUCUUCUUCUUCUUCUUCCAUCUUCAUUCCACAAUGUCUUCUUCUUGAAAGUUCUUCUCCAUUUUUCUUCUUCUUUCUUCUUCUUCUUCUUCUUCUUCUUCUUCUUCUUCUUCUUCUUUUUAUCUAAAAUUCAUCAUCGUCUUCCUCUGAUCCCUUCUCCACUUUUCUUCUUCUUCUUCUUCUUCUUCUUCUUCUUCUUCUUCUUCUUCUUCUUCUCAAAAAUUUCCCAUCAUCGAAGAGAAUCCUCUGACAUCGAAAAAGAGAUUUCGACUUCUUCUUCGAAAGUUCUUCUUCUUUCUUCUUCUUCUAAUCUUCUUCUUCUUCCAUUUCCCCUCCAUCUUCUUCCUCAUUCUCUUCUCCAAAUUUCUUCUUCUUCUUCUUCUUCUUCUUCUUCUUUUUCUUCUUCUUCUUCUUCUUUUUUUAUUCCCCAAAUCCCUUCUCCACUUUUCUUCUUCUUCUUCUUCUUCUUCUUCUUCUCUUCUUCUUCUUCUUCUUCUUCUUCUUCUUCUUCCGUUUUUAUUCCCCAUCAUCGUCUUCCUCCACUUUUCUUCUCACCUUUUUUCUUCUUCUUCUUCUUCUUCUUCUUCUUCUUCUUCUUCUUCUUUAGAGAAUGUCGACCAAUCAUCGAUCUCACUUCCUCUCGACCAAACUCUUCUCUUUUCUUCUUCAUAUUUAAUUUAAAAUAUUUUUCUUUUCUUCCACUUUUCUUCUUCUUCUUCUUCUUCUUCUUCUUCCGUUUUUAUUUCCCAUCAUCGUCUUCCUCUGAGUCCCUUCUCCACUUUUCUUCUUCUUCUUCUUCUUCUUCUUCUUCUUUUUUCUUCUUCUUCUUCUUCCUCUUUCCCCCCCAAUCUUCAUUUCCUCAGUCCCUUCUCCUUCUCUUCUUCUUCUUCUUCUGUCUUCUUCUUCUUUCUUCUUUCUUCUUCUUCUUCUUCUUCUUCAUUCAUUUUGUUUUUUAUCCUUUAUCCUUCUUCUCCUCAUUCUCCCUUCUUCUUCUUCUUCUUCUUCUUCUCUUCUUCAUUUCUUCUUCUUUUUUUUCUAGUUCUUCUUCCUUUCUAGAAGAGAAUUCUCCAAAUUCUUCUUCUUCUUCUUCUUCUUCUUCUUCUUUUCUUCUUCUUCUUCUUCUUUUUAUUCAGAAUCAUCGAAUCUUCCUCUGGUCAGUAGAGCCCCUUUUCUUCUUCUUCUUUCUUCUUCUUCUUCUUCUUCUUCUUUUCCUUCUUCUUCUUUUUUUCGUCCCCAUCAUCCUCUUCCUUUCAUCCCUUCUCCACUUUUAUCUUCUUCUUCUUCUCCUCUCUUCUUCUUCUUCUUCUUCUUCUUCUUCUUCUUCUUCGACAUUUUCCUCUGAAGAUCUUCUUUUAUUUAACAUCAUCGUCUUCCUCCUCAUUUCCCUUCUCCAUUUUUCUAAAAUUUUCUUCUUCUUCUUCUUCUUCUUCUUCUUCUUCUUCUUCUUCUUCUUCUUCUUCUUCUUCCGUUUUUAUUCCCCAUCAUCGUCUUCCUCUGAGUCCCUUCUCCACUUUUCCUCUUCUUCAUUUCUUCUUCUUCUUCUUCUUCUUUUCUUCCUUCUUCUUCUUCUUCUUCUUCUUCCCCUUUCAUCUUCUACUGGUCUCUUCAUUCAUUCAAAAAUCUUCCUCUUCUUCUCGACUUCUUCUUCUUCUUUUUCUUCUCUCACUUUUUCUCUAAAAUAUUUUCUUUCCUUCCUCUCUUCCUUCUCUCUUCUCCUUCUUCUUCUUCCAUUUCUUCUUCUUCUUCUUCUUCUUUUUCUUCUUUUUUUUUAUUUCGUCCUCUUCUUCCUCUUCCCUUCUCCCUCAUCCUUUUUCUUCUUCCUUUCUCCUUCUUCUUCUUCUUCUUCUUCUUCUUCUUCUUCUUCCAUUUUAAUUCUUCAUCUUCUCUUCUUCAUUUCCUUCUCCUUCUUUGCUUUCUUCCUCUUCUUCUUCUUCUUCUUCUUCUUCUUCUUCUUUCUCUUCUUCCUUUCUUCUUUCUUCCUCUCCUCAUUCUUCCUCUACAUCUUCUUCUUCUUCAUAUUUAACCUUCUUCUUCUUCUUCUUCUUCUUCUUCUUUCUUCUUCUUCUUCUUCUUCCAUUUUAUUCCCCAUCAUCGUCUUCCUCUUAGUCCCUUCUCCUUUUCUUCUUCUUCUUCUUCUUCUUUUCUUCUUCUUCUUCUUCUUCUUUCGUUUUUCUUUUCAUCCUUCUCUAGUCCCUUCUUUUUCUUCUUCUUCCUUCUUCUUCUUCUUCUUCUUCUUCUUCUUCUUCUUCUUUUUCCUUUCUCCUUCGUCUUCCUCUCCUUUCUCCCUUUUCUUCCACUUUUUUUCUUCUUCUUCUUUUCCUUCUUCCUUUUUUUCUUCUCUUCUUCUUCUUCCAUUCCUUCUUUUUUCUUCUUCUUCUUCUUCUUCUUCUUCUUCCCCUUCUCCUUCCAUUUAUUCUUUUCUUUUAUUCCUUCUUCUUUCUUCUUCUUCCUCUCUUCUUCUUCUUCUUCUUCUUUUUUCUUCUUCCUUUUAUCCUUCCUCCCUCUUCCUCUGUUCUUCUUCUUCUUCCAUUUCCUUCUUCUUCUCUUCUUCUUCUUCUUCUUCUUCUUCUUCUUCUUCUUCUUCCAUUUUCUCACUUUUUCAUCUUCUUUGUCCUUCCUCUCCUCUUUCUCUCUUUUCUUCUUCUUCUUCUUCCUUUUCUCUUCUUCAUUUCCUUCCUUUUUCUUUCUUCUUCUUCUUCUUCUUCCCAUUUUUCAUUCCCCAUUCUUCUUCUUCCUCUCCUCAUUCUUCUCAUCUUCUUCUUCUUCCAUUUCGUCUUCUUCUUCUUCUUCUUCAUUUCCUUCUUCUUCUUCUUCUUUUCUUCCUCUUCUUCCUCUUCUUCUUCUCCCUUUUUCUUUACCUUUUCUUCCUUCCUCUUCUUCUUCUUCUCUCAAAAAAGGAUUCCAUUUCUUCUUCUUCUUCUUCUUCCCUUCUUCUUCUUCUUUUGUCAUUCAUCUUUCCUCUUCUUCCUUCUUCUUCUUCUUUCAAUUCCUUCUUCCUCCUUCCUCCCUUCUCUUCUUUUCCUCCCCUUCUCCUCUUCUUCUUCUUCUUCUUCUUCUUCUUCUUCUUCUUCUUCUUCUUCUUCCUUUUUCUCCCCAUCAUCUCCCUUCUCCACUUUUCUUCUUCUUCUUCUUCUUCUUCUUCUUCUUCUUCUUCUUCUUCUUCUUCUUCUUCUUCUUUGUUUUUAAUUCCUUCUGCUUUUCCUCUGGUCCCUUCUUCCUUUUCUCCUCUUUUUCAUUUCUUUCCUCUAAAAUCUUCUUCUUCUUCUCUCUUCUUCUUCUUCUUCCUUUUUUAUUCUUCUCUUCCUUUAUUCCCUUCUCCACUUUUCUUUUUCUUCUUCUUUCUUCUUCUUCUUCUUCUUCUUCUUCUUCUUCUUCCUUUUUCUUUCCUCUCAUCGUCUUUCUCUCUUCCUUCUUCUUUCUUCUUCUUCUUCUUCUUCCUUCUUCUUCUUUCUUCUUUUUUUUUUUCCCAUCAUCGUCUUCUUCUUCCUCUUCUUUUCCCUUCUUUUCUUCUUCUUCAUUCUCUUCCUCUUCUUCUUCUUUUCUUCUUCUUCUUCUUCUUCUUCUUCUUCUUUUGCCUUUUCCAUCUCUUCUCUUCCUUCCAUUUCUCCAGUUUUUCUUUUAGCCUUUCUUCUUCUUCUUCUUCUUCUUCUUCUUCUUCUUCUUCUUCUUCUUCUUCUUCUUCCAUUUUUUAUUCCCCUUCAUCUUUCGACUUCCUCUUCAGUUCCUUCUCACUUUUUUCUUUCGCCUUCUUCUUCUUCCUCUUCUUUUCUUCUUCUUCUUCUUCUUCUUCUUCUUCGUUUUUAUUCCCCAUCAUCAUUUCUUCUUCUUCUUCUUCUUCUUCUUCUUCUUUUUCUUCUUCUUCUUCUUCUUCUUCUUCUUCUUUUUUCUUCUUCUUCUUUCCCUCUCCUCAUCCUCUCCUUUCUUCUUCUUCCACUCUUCUUCUUCUUUUCUUCUUCCUUCUUCUUCUUUUUCUUUCUUCCUUUUUAUUCCUUUUCCAUUCCUUCCACUUUUUUCUCUUCUCCUUUAUCUUCCUCUUUUCUUCUUUCUUCUUCUUCUUCUUCUUCUUCUUCUUCUUCUUCUCUUCGUUCAUUUCCUUCUUCCGUUUUUAUUCCCAUCAUCUACUUCCUCUUCCAUUCCUUCUCCACUUUUUUUCUCUUCUUCUUCCUUCUUCUUCUUCUUCUUCUUCUUCUUCUUCUUCCAUUUUUAUUCCCCAUCAUCGUCUUCCUUCAUUUCCUUCUCCCUUUUCUUCUUUUCUUCCUCUUCUUCUUCUUCUUCUUCUUCUUUUUUCUUCUUUUUUCCUUCCCAUCCUUCCUCUUCCUCUUCUUCUCCCUUCUCUACUUCUUCUUCUUCUUCAUUUAACUUCUUCUUCUUCUUCUUCAUUUCCUUUUAUUUCCUUUUUGUCUUCCCCUCUAUCUUCCUCUUCCAUUCCUCUCUUCUUUUUUCUCUUCUUCUUCUAUUCUUCUUCUCUUCUUCUUUCUCUUUUUCCCCCAUCUUCUUCCUUCUUCCCUUCUCCAUUUUUCUUCUUCCUCUUCUUCUUCUCUUCUUCUUCUUCUUUUCUUUUCUUCCUUUUUUCCGUUUUCGUCCUCUACUUCCUCUGUCCCUUCUUCCAUUUCUUCUUUCUUUUUCUUCUUCUUUUCUCCUUCCUCUUCAUCUUCUUCUUCUUCUUCUUCUUCUUCCCCCAUCAUCGUCUUCUCUUCUUCAUUUCCUUCUCCCUUUUGCUUUCUUCCUCUCUUCCUCUUCCAUUCUUCUUCUUCUUUCUCUUCUUCUUCUUCCUUCUCUCCUCAUUCUCUCUUUACAACAUCUUCUUCUUCUUCCAUUUAACCUUCUUUUUCUCUUCUUUCAUUCCUUCUUCCUUUUUGCUUUCGUCCUCUUCUUCCUCUUCCAUUCUUCUCCUUUUUCUUCUUCUUCUUUCUUCUUCCCUUCUCAUCCUCAUCUUCUUCUUCUUCCAUUUAACUUCUUCUUCUCUUCGUUCAUUUCCUUCUGCCUUUUGCUUUCUUCCUCUUCUUCCUCUUCCAUUCUUCUCUCCUUUUUUUCUCUUCCUCUUUAUCCUUCCUCUCCUCAUUCUCUUCUUCUUCUUCUUCUUCUUCCAUUUAACCUUCUUCUUCUCUUCUUUCAUUUCCUUCUGCCUUUUUUGUUUUCGUCCUCUACUCCUCCUCCAUUUCCUUCUCCCUUUUCUUUCUUCUUUAUCCUUCUUCUCCUUCUUCUUCUUCUUCUUCUUCUUCCAUUUUUAUUCUACUCUUCUCUUCCUUCAUUUCCUUCUCCCUUUUCUUCUUCUUCUUCUUCUUCUUCUUCUUCUUUUUUUCUCUUCCAAUCUUUCUUCCUUCCUCUCCCUUCUCUCUACAUCUUCUUCUUCUUCUUUUUCUUCUUCUUUUUCUCUUCUUUCUUCUCCUUCUUCUUCUUUUACUUCCUCUUCUUCUUCUUCUUCAUUCACUCUCACUUUUUCUCUUCUUCCUUUAUUUUCCUCUCCUCAUUCUCUCAUCUUCUUCUUCUUCUUCUUCUUCUUCUUCUUCUUCUUCUCUUCUUCUUCAUUUCCUUCUUCCUUUUUUCAUUCUCUUCCUCUUCUUCUUCUUCCAUUCUCUCAUUUUUUCUUCUUCUUAUUCUUCUUCUUCUCUUCUUCUUCCUUCUUCUUUUUUUUCAUUCCCAUCAUCUCUUCCUCUAACCCUUCUCCACUUUUCUUCUUCUUCAUUUUCUUUCUUCUUCUUUUUCUUUCCCUUUAUUCUUCCUCUCUUCCUCUCAGUCUUCUUCUACAUCUUCUUCUUCUUCUUCUUCUUCCUUCUUCUUCUUCUUCUUCUUCUUCUUCCUUCUUCUUCUUUUUCUUUUUCGUCCUCAUCGUCUUCCUCUUCCCUUCUCCAUUUUUUCUCUUCUUCUUUUCUUCUUCUUCUUCUUCUUUCUCUCUUCUUCUUCUUCUUUUUCCCCAACCUUCUUCUUCUCUUCCCUUUUCAUUUUCUUCUUCCUUCUUCCUUUCUUCUCUUCUUUCCUCUUCUUUCUUUUCUUCUUCUUUCUUCUUCUUCUUCUUCUUCCUUUUCUUCAUUUCUCUCUUCUUCUUCUUCUUCUUCUUCUUCUUCUUCUGCUUCUCUUCUUCAUUUCCUUCUGCCUUUUUUCUUUCGUCCUCUUCUUCUUCCAUUCAUUUCUUCUUCUUCUUCUUCUUCUUCCUUCUUCUUUCUUCUUCUUCUCUUCUUCUUCUUCUUCCAUCUUCUUCUUCUUCUUCUUCAUUUCUUCUUCUUCUUUUUUCGUCUUCUUCUUCUUCUUCUUCCGUUUUAUUCCCCAUCAUCUCUUUCCUCUUCCCUUCUCCUCAUUCUCUCUUCUUCUUUUCUUCCUUCUUCUUCUUUCAUUCUCUUUUUCUUCUUCUUCUUUCCAUUCAUCUUCUUUUCUCUCUUCUUCUUCCUUCAUUCUUUCUGCCUUUUCUUCUUCUUCUUCUUCUUCUUCUCUUCUUCUUCUUCUUCUUCUUUUUCUUCUUCUUCUUCUUCUUUUCUCCUUCCCUCUCCUCAUUCUCUCUUCUCUCUUCUUCUUCUUCUUCUUCUUCUUCUUCUUCUUCUUUUCUUCUUUCAUUUCCUUCUGCCUUUUUCUGCUUUUCUUCCUCUACUUCCUCUUCUUCACUUCUCACUUUUUCUUCUUCUUCUUUUUAUCCUUCCUUCUUCUUCUCUCUUCUUCUUCUUCUUCUUCUUCUUUUAACCUUCUUCUUCUUCUUCUUUCAUUUCCUUCUGCCUUUUUUGCUUCGUCCUCUACUUCCUCUUCCAUUCUUCUUCUUCUUCUUUUUCUUCUUCCUUUUCUCCUUCCUCUCUUCAUUCUCUCUCAUCUUCUUCUUCUUCUUCAUUUUCCCUACUGCUUUUCUUCUUCAUUCCUUCUUCCUUUUGCUUUUCUUCCUCUUCUUCCUCUUCCAUUCAUCUUCUUUUUCUCUUCUUCUUCUUCUUCAUCUUCUUCCUCUCCUUCAUUCUCUUCUACUUCUUCUUCUUCUUCUUCCAUUUAACCUACUGCUUCUCUUCGUUCAUUUCCUUCUGCCUUUUUGCUUUCGUCCUCUCUUCCUCUUCCAUUCCUUCUCACUUUUUUCUCUUAGCCUUUAUCCUUCCUCUCCUCAUUCUCUCUACAUCUUCUUCUUCUUCCAUUUAACCUACUGCUUCUCUUCGUUCAUUUCCUUCUGCCUUUUUGCUUUCGUCCUCUACUUCCUCUUCCAUUCACUCUCACUUUUUUCUCUUAGCCUUUAUCCUUCCUCUCCUCAUUCUCUCUACAUCUUCUUCUUCUUCUUCCAUUUAACCUACUGCUUCUCUUCGUUCAUUUCCUUCUGCCUUUUUGCUUUCGUCCUCUACUUCCUCUUCCAUUCACUCUCACUUUUUUCUCUUAGCCUUUAUCCUUCCUCUCCUCAUUCUCUCUACAUCUUCUUCUUCUUCCAUUUAACCUACUGCUUCUCUUCGUUCAUUUCCUUCUGCCUUUUUGCUUUCCCUUUAUCCUUCCUCUCCUCAUUCUCUCUACAUCUUCUUCUUCUUCCAUUUAACCUACUGCUUCUCUUCAUUCCCUCCUUCUCAUCUUCCUCCAACUGUUCCUCUGACAUUUUUCCUUCUUCUUCAUCGAUUUCAUCCACUCUUUCUGUUUAUUCCUUUUCUUUUCCUCCCCAUCCCUUAUUUUCUUCUCUUUUCUUAUUUCUUUUCUCUCCUUUUCUCAUCUUAUUAUUUUCCCUCUUUCUCUUUAACCCUAUCUCCACAUCAUCUUCUCUCUUCAUUUUCUUCCUCCUUUACUUUCUCCUCUUUCUUUUUUUGUAUUCUUUUCCUUUCUCUUCUCAUUUUUCUUCUACUUCUUCGACUUACGGCCAUAUGUUAAUUUCAUAUUCUCCUUCCUUCUCAUUUUCCUUCGAAUAUUUCUCUUCAAUCAAUUCGUUCCUUUUCUUUUUAUGCUUCAUUUCCUUUUGCAUUUCUAACUUCUUUCUUUCUUCUCUUUAUUCUUCCUUUCAUUACGUCUCUUUCUUUCCUUCAUCUAUUUUCUCUUCUUAUUCAACACUUAUUCCCCUUCACUCUUUUGUGUCUAUUUGUAUCCUCUUUAUUUUCAUCCUCGUCUCUUUAUCCUUCACUUUCUCCCACUCAAUUUCUUUCCUGUGUUUUUUUUUCUUUUUGCUUCUUCCCAUACUUCUUCAGAUUCCUCCAAGUGUUUUUGUUCCUUCUGCUUCUUUCUUUCCCUUUCUAUCUUCAGCCUUUAUUUCAUUCUUCCUAUAUUUAAUUAUAUUUUCUUUCUCUUCCUCAUUUUGUAGUUCCUUUUCUUAUUUCUCCAUUACGCAUAUUCCCGCUUCUUAUGCUCGUAUUUUUUCCUUCUCUCUUCCACUUCUUUCGCUAUUAUUCCUUUUAAUUAUUUUUCUCUGCUUCUCUCUAAUCUGUAUUUUCGACAUCGCUACCAUCUAUAUAGUGAUUAUUUUCUCCCGAAUGUGCGGAAUACACGAUCGACAUCACUUGUCAGAACUGACUCCCACAUCUGCUGCCCGCAGUACCAGACAACCACGCCUUUUGUUCAAGUGA